AUGGCUCUGAAAAGGGAGAUCGACUGGUUACGAUCUCUCAAGCUUCAGGAGAAGGAGGUGCAAGACGCCCAAACGCGAAGUGAUGCUACCGGCAUUCUUGAACUUCAGGUUAGUAACAUGAUAACCCAAAUACCGCUCUCUUCUCCUUAUCAACUUACAGGAAGGAAAAAAAAGAGGGAGGGGCGGGGACGAGGAAUGACGGCAAAGCCAAAUCAAGAGCUGCGAGCACAUUUUAGUUAUUUCCCGUAAAGAAACUUGCCCUCUUUUUUGCCCAGGAGAGCUACGAGAGCUUGACAAAGUCGAAUGCCAAGCUGGAGGAGCAGGUGACGGCGAUGGGGAGGAGCUUGCAGGCGAUGCAGGUGAGAGAGAAAACUCCAUUGCUCAAGAACAGAGUCCCCAAAUUCCUCCCAGCUAGCAUCGAUUCCGCUGAGUGGGAAUUUCACCCUGGUGGUGCAGGAAGAGCUGCGACUGCUGAAGUUGGAGAAGGAAAAGAAAGACCUGGAGAAAGAGAGGGAGGAGAAGAGCGCCGUGACGGCGGUGGCGCCGGGCGACGGCGGCGAGAGGGGCGGCUGUGGCAGGAUGGUACGGCGGAGUGGGUUCAGGAUAUGCAAGCCGCAGGGGACAUUCCUGUGGCCGAAUAUGACGGGCGGCUCGGGGAUCUGCCCCAGCGCCGGCAACGGCAGCAGCAUCAUGUCGUCGCCGAGCGUCGCCGUCGCCGCAGAGGAGCCCUCGGGGGUUCCCCCGACGCCCCACUCGGCUUCCUCCGCCACGUCGCCGCCCAGACCGAUCCUCCUCCCCGUCUCGCCAGCCGCUGCCGCCCCGCGCGCCCAAGUCGUCGUCGUGGCCCCGCGGCCUCACCCGCCCCACCAGGUCCUCUCCGUCGAGAGGACCGACAGCUCCGACAACCUCUGCUCCCCAUCCCUCCCCUCUCACACGAAGGUGCGCGCCUCUCCCUCCCUCUCUCUCUCUCUUCUCUCUCUCUCUCUCUCUCGCUCGCUCUCUCUCACACACACACACUCUUUGCUUUCCUGAAAAGGAGGGGUCCUCCGGGCCCGCACGCGGCGGCGCGAAGGCGGCCGCGUGGGAAUCAGGUGAGCGGUCGGGAGGAUGGAGCUGCACCAUCAGCACGGACCUGGCGCUCUCCUCCCCCUGCUACCACCGCUGA